GCCUCGCCAUUAUUAAUCCCAGUCAUGACAUUCAACCGAGUCACCCCACUUUCUGAGUUGUUUCGGUAUCGGCGCGCGCCAGGCAGCAAAUCUCGCCUGCCGGCCGCGGCUCUUCGCUCCUGUUUACUAGGCGUCCACGCGUCACAUGAAUAUUUCCUGCUGCGGGUUGGUAGGAUAAGCUCUUGUAGGAGAGCAUAACCUGAGCUGGCCGGGCCGGGGGCCACUCGCCCGGCCUUUCUCUCGCUCUCAAGCAGCUGAUGCCGCGGUGGUCUCCCCCCCCUCUCUCCUUUGAAACAAAAGCAGGGCUGGUCGCCGUGGCGAGCCUCCCAACGGCCUCUCCGUUUAAAAAGCGCCGCGCUAAAGAGACCAGCAUCCCGCCCUUCUGGGUUUUGCCGCGUUUGCUGGCGAGGCCGAAGGUAAGAGUUUGGCCGGGUACACACGAUUCUUCGCCUCAGAGCUGCCCACCGAUUAUUUCCUAGACAGCAGCCGCUCUCGGUGUGCAUAGAAAGGGAGGAGAAGGCGUGCACCUUGGAGGCAGCCGGUAAGCCAUCCUCGAAAUUCCUGGCCAGGUGGCGGCAGGGCGCUUUCCCGGCGGGUGCUGUUUCCCCUCGUGUGUAAUGGGGAAGUCAGGACAAUAAGAAGGAGGCAGAGAAAAACGGACGCCCUUCACCCACCCCAGCAACAAACGGGACGCCUUUCCGAGGGAUGCUCCGUAAGUGAACGUUCGGAGUGGCGGAUUUCGACGGAGCCUCUCGCCGGGCCCUGGUUCUCCUCUCUUGCAGAGCUGCAGGUCCCUGCGGGCGGCGGUCAGAUGGGCUGGGGCAGCAGCCAGGAGCUCUGGUAAGGGUCCGGCACUCCGUACUUUCCUCCUCACGUCGUGGUCUCUGCCCCCAAAUGACCCUGCGCUCGGCCGAAUCCUCGGAUGGCGCCGACAGGGCUGGGGCCGAGUGGGAAGCUGGAGGAGCCGCGGCGGAACCUGCUGAAAGGGAGCGCCUGGACUCUGCCAUGCGGGAGUUGAGAUGCGCGGGAUGGUAUUGGGGAAGCAUGAGUGUUGCAGAAGCAAAGGGAAGAUUACAAGAAACAUCUGAAGGGACUUUCUUGGUCAGAGACAGCUCUCACUCAGAGUAUUUACUUACUAUUUCAGUCAAAACCUCAGUAGGUCCUACAAACUUACGAAUAGAAUUUCAAGGUGGUAAAUUCAGUCUGGAUUCUGUUAUCUGCAUUCGAUCAAGACUCCAGCAAUUUGACAGUGUGGUUCACCUAAUUGAAUAUUAUGUCCUUAUGUGCAAGGAUAGAAGAAUGGUUUCUGAAAUACCUUCCAAUGGUACAGUCCAUCUUUAUUUGAACAAACCUCUCUAUCAUUCAACACUGUCUCUACAGCAUCAGUGUAGAGUAGCAAUAAACAGAUAUACAAGUAAAAUCCAGGAACUUCCGUUACCAACAAGAUUGAAGGAAUUCUUAAAGGAAUAUCGAUAUCGGGUAUAAGCAUCUACUCAGCCUCAUUUUAAGGAAACAGGACCUGAAUACAAUUUGUAAGAAAUCAAAAUCUUCAGCUGCAUGAACGUAUCAUGUAGGUCACUGUGAAAAUGGUAUGUUAUUGUGUAUGUUUGUGGAUUUUAUAGAGGACUUGGAUUUAAUGUUCACUAUUAAAACUUUGGUGCUCAGUAAGCUCCCUGAUGCUAUUAGAAUUACAAGCUGGGGAAAAAUGUGUUUCAGUGGGAAAAAGUGCCUAUAAGAGAAUGGUUCAUUGCUCUUUGAUACCUAUGCACUCACUUUGUUCUUAAUAUAAAUGAGGCAGUUCUGUAUGGUUCUCUUACAGAGAGCCAUCUUGUGAAAUAUUACUAAAUCCCAAUUCAAAUGAUGUGGCUGCCCUUCAAAAUAACCUCUGAAUAAUGUGGACCAGUCAGUGAUACCAUGGGUACCUUAAAGUAAUCUGUGGUGCUCAUUCUGAGAGAUAUUGCAUUCAUCAGUAUUUUGAAAGAUUAAGAAAGAUUUGCUGAUUCCUAGUGAACAUUUACAGUUGACUGCUCUCCUCAUAUCAGAAGGGCUAAGGGGAGGAUAGGCAUCUGGAUUUCAGCAGCAAAUGGCUAACAACUCUGCAUUUAGGUCACUGUAAACUUUUUAUGAAGUUACAAAGGGAACAUAUAUUUUGGGCAAUAAAUUUCCAGCUAGCAUAAAAGAUUGGCAUAGAAGAGGCUAGUGAGAUUCACUGUCUGAGAUUAGAUCAGUCUAAAGCUCCUGAUUAUGUUUUUUGCACAUUAUUAAUUAUAAUUUACAUAUUAAUAAAUAGCAAGCUUUUAUUUCCUAAUAUUAUAGCACUCGAGUGUUUUCUUAUUAAAAACUUAUCUAGCAGUUCUACCUGCUUAUGAAUACAUGAAACUUUUUUUUUUUUUGUGCCUUCAAGUCCACGUUGACUCUUUGCAACUGCCUAGACAAAUCUUGCAGUUUUCUUGGCAAGAUUUUUGGGAAAUGGUUUGCCACUGCCUGCUUCCUAGGGCUGAGAAAGAGAGAGAGAGACUGAGCAAUGGUCACCAGUUGACUUCUUGCCUAAGAUGAAACUGGAACUUACGGUCUUCUGAUUUCUAGCCUGAUGCCUUAACCACUACAUCAUACUGGUGCUCUUAUGGAAGCUACAGAGCAAAUUUAUCCAUUUUUAUUCAGAAUAUGAGCUUAGUAUUAUAACAAAGUUCUAUUUGAACAGUCAAAAUGGGAGAUUUCUAGGUAAGGUAUAAGGCAGUCAAUCAUACAUGUGCUCUGAACACUCUGGGCUGGAGAGCUGCAACAGUCUCCCUUAUACACUUAGAUCCCAAGACUACACAAGCCCCACCCCAAGCCUUCAAUAUGGUCUCCACAAAGCCUCCCUAAAUAAUAACUUUAAUCUGAGAAAAAUGGGAGUAUGGUAUACAUGGGGAGUAACCAUGUCAGAUGUAUGUGUUUAAAUACAGUUUGUUUGGUCCUGAUCCUACAGAGCUAACACAUCUCUGAAAGGCCAGAAGCAGCCCAGGCUGCUAAAUCAUUCUUGAUUUAAAAAUAAUUAAAAAAUGAUUAAAAGUAAAUCUUACUUCAAAGUAGGGGUGAAAAAGCAAAGGUCACAUUAUCACUGUUAAAGGGACUCAGUGAAUACAUUAGGGCAGGGGUCCCCAACCCCCAGUCUGUGGACUGACACGGUCCACAGCAUUCCAACAACCAGUCCAUGCAAACAAGCGAAGCAGGCAGCAUGCAAAACCAUACCCCCCCCCCCCAGUCCGCGGAAAAACCUUUCUGCAUGGAACUGGUCCCUGGUGCCCAAAAGGUUGGGAGCCACUGAAUUAGGGUAAGGUACCACAGACUUUGUGGUAUUUGUGUUACCACAGACUUUUUAGUCUAGAUCCCUAACUUCAAUAACAGGCUUCCCUUGAAUGAGACUUUAUAAAUAUCUAGACUGCAGUCUUGCAGUCAUUUCAAUCCAAAACAAUAGCAAAUAUGACUAACUUCUACAAUGUAGAAUUUUUUAGUGUUCUUAUUUCCUUGAAAUGCAAGUAAUUUUGCCUUUAAAAAAAAGACUAUUCAAGCCUAUAACUAUCCAAUUUCAGACUGUAUUCAGUAAAUCAAAUUGUAGUGCGCUUAUACUCUUAAUGUGUUUCUGUGUUCAAAUGGACUUUUCAAAAUUGUACAAGCAAUAUUUGUACAAUAUUGUACAAGAGCAAAAAUUAUGGCACCAAGUGUAUUCAUACUGACAUUUUAGCAGUUAAGUUUGAUUAGUUUAGUGAUAGGUAAUAAAGUAGCUCUAAAAAACUAAAAUUCUUCUCCUACACAUUGCUUCAACACUCUUUUAAUACUAUCCAAGCUAAUAGCCUCAACUACAUCUUAUGCCAUAAUCCCAUAUAAUAAUUAUGCAUUGUGCAAAAAAGGAUUUCAUUUAUUCUGUGCUGAAGGACUUGAAUUUUAAUAAAAUGAGUAAAGAAGAAAAAUAUCCUCUUUCUUUAAUUCUUAUAUACCACUACACAAGUUCUCAGCAGUUGGUGGAUGCAGUCAUAGAAACUUUUUGAAACUUAAUUUUAAAGUUAGUCUUUAUUCUGUUUAUUCAAAUAAGAAAAAAAAACAUCUGGGGAUGCAAAGAGCCAGGCGCACAUUAGGAGCUAAAUUUAGGCAGGGCUACAAUGAUAUUCAUGUCUAGAAACUGAGGCCAUGCUCACAUGAUUAUUUGCAAAACUAUCUUGUGUAGAUACAUUUGUUGCUGUGGGAACAACAAAAAUGGAGAUACGUAACGUUAUUGAAAUGUUUCUUUUACAUCUAUUCUCUCAUUUCGAUUUUGAUAUAUUCAGAAUAAAUAUGCUAAAAUUAUUUCACAUGUUGCUGCACAUUAUAUUUUGCUUGUAGGUGGCUGUGGUAGGAAAGUUAAGAUGUCAGUACAAUGAAUGUGGGACCAAUUUCCUCCGUUUCUUCUCUCACAAAGACAAAGAAUCCAAAUAAAAUAAAUUAAUCCAAGAGAGGGAGAGAGAGAAGUUGAGAUAUGAAGUAAGCCUCUAUAGCACACGUCAUCUCUGGACCACUCAUCAAACACUUUGAUUUGGCUCAGUGAGCUGCAGUGGAAUUCUGGGAACAGCAAAUGGGUUGCUGGGAUAGUGCAAGUGGCCUUUGGAUUGCCCAUUGAUAUAGCAAUUUAUUAUCUCCUUAUUAUUGCAAAGUCUGUUCCUAAUCUUUUGAAUUGCAUGUUGAAUCAAAAGUGGAAGACUAUCUCUUCAUAUUCUUGAUUUUUAUAAUGCUGGGAUGAAAUAUUUUGUAGUCUUAUUCUGGUAGUAGUGAGUUAAAGGUACUGUGAUAACUCCAGCACGUGGGGCUGACUGUCAAGCCAUGUUAAUCAUUGGUGUACCAUAAUGUGUAGCCCUGCUCAUAUGUAGAUUCAACUGCUAUGGCUGAUUAAAUAGUGUUUUAAAAUAUCCUGGCUUAGUAUUUGUGUGAACUAUCUAAGUUUAUUACCGUACUAGCUUGGUGUCAUUAUGCUGAAAACUUAAUCCUUAUCUUUAUUUUACUACCACUGAGAGAGUCUAUUGUAAGGUGUUGGAUAAAAUUAGAUGUGUUUCUAAAGAGACACAGGCUUCGUUUUUGUUACCUUUGGGCUGAAAUUGUGAAUGGAAAUCAAUUGCAAUCUAAACUUAGCUCUAACAGAAUAUACUAGAGUGCAUAUUUUUUGCAAAUUAUGCACCAACAUAAUUUAGUUUAUGUUAUAAUCUAAAGCAGAGGUGUCAAACUGCCAGCCCGCGGGCCAGAUGCGUCACAAGGAAACCGCGCCUACCCCAUUGCCAGCAAUGGGGAAAAAGCUCUGAUACAUCGUGCGACAUCACGUGACAUCAGGAGUUUGACAUGUCUGAUCUAAAGAAUGAAUUCAGAAAACAUGCUUAAUAUUAUAAUUCUUUUAUUUAAUCAAAAGCAUUAUCUUCUAACUAAUGUUUCUAAGCCUCUAAUGAGGCUUUGAAACAUUAAAGAUGAUCACCAUUCAAUAUUUAGCAUUCCAAUAGUUAAACUAUCUCUUGAUAGUAGAUUAGUUAUGGUAAAAUUUUUCCUCCAAUUUGAAGGAACAACAAUUCUAAAUAUGUACUGAUGAAGCAAAUAUAAUUCAAUGCCAUAAAAUAUAUUUCCAUACAAUGUAUAUAAAAUCAAUCUAUAAAUGCCUUCAUGUAUUAUACUAAAAUACAUUUUUGCUUAACUAUGGUUAUUAUGAUUUAAAAACAUACAACUUACCUCGUAACUCAGUGUGACAUUGAAUUCAACCUAUUUUAUUUCAAUUCUAAGAUAUUUAGUAAAUAUCCAAUAUUUAUUAUGUAACUACAUUAAAAGAAUCCUGAAAAUUAUUAUAUUUCAGUGCAGGAAGCAAUAUAUCUUAUUGUUAAAUCAACUUAUACAUAUUUCAAGUUAUGCAUAAAUACUGAUGAAUAAUUAUUUCAGUUGUUGUAUCUUGUGAAAAUGCUUUUAGCUUGUUCUGUUAGAUAAAAUACUAUAUUAAAACACUUUGAAAAACUAGAAAAAAUACCCUCUGGAAUUCUGGAUCCAUUGGGUUCUAGAUCCAUUGGGUCCAAUGGAAAAUUCUAUGGAAAGGUCCAGGACAUUCAUGACUUAAAGUGCACCAAUGAAAUGAUUUUACCAAGCCAAAAGAAAGAUGUCAUCAUCUUCCAUCUUCAGAAAAUGUCUCAUCUUCUCUGAAGUGACAAAUAGUCACUAUCUAGGUGCAUGGGGUCACAAUUACUUGCAAUAAACCUACAGUGGCCAUGGAGGCCAUUUAUUCAUAAAAAUUAUUGCAGUUCCAUUCUCCAGGGCAUGGAGAUUGAAGUCCUGAAUACUCUUAACAGUAUCCAGGAGCUUCUAUAAGGCUAUUGCUAUACCAUCAGCAACCUUAGCUUGUCUCUGUAGAACAAUUCUUCAGACAUUCAUACACAGUUAUCUCUGGAGCAGUUUUCAUCACUGCGAAAGUCUCAUGCAUGACCAUGGCAAUCCAUUCUCAUUGGCCUUGCCAUCUCUGCUGCAACACUUGAACUGGUUAUAUAUUCACUUGGGCUACACUCCUGUUACUGCUCAGCCAUGUUUCAGAUGUGCAUUCUCAUCUACUACCAAACCAGAGAUAGAUGCAAUCUUAUUGCUCACAGAGAUGGCUUUAUUAGCAGAAGCCAGAAAGCCUAACAAAUUGGCCACCUAUACCUAGGCUUGGGUCAAACAGCUUACAAAUAGGGUUUGUACUAUGGGUAUCCAAACUUUUGGCUUGUCUUGGCCACAUUGAGUGAAGACCAUCUUGGGCCACAUAUAAAGUAUAUAAUAUAGUUAAUGUAUAUAAAUAAUAAACUUCCUUUUUUUAAUGAUCUUAUGGGGCUGCAUGGAGUCCAUGGGCUGCAGGUUGGACACACCUGGUCUAUAUCAAUAAUGCAAGCCCACUAUCUCUUGCCCAUCCUGGUGCUAAAUUGAGCCCUCAUUGUAUUUUCUCCAGAGGCCAACAGUGGUUCCAACCAUCACAUACUUCACCAGCCUUUGCCACCAUAUGCAAGGCAUAUCUGUGCACCAUGCCUGGUCUGAGUCAUUCAACUACUUACUCAACACAUUUCAAUAAGCCAAUUAUUGCCACAAAUUAUGUAACAGUCUCUCCAUUGACAAAUCCAAUUCAUACUCCUUCCUUUCCUGGGACCUUCCAGAUAAUAGUAUGCUAGAUUCCCGAUGCCCCACAUAUCUCUCAUUCAAUCUUCUUCUGGUCUCAUCAUGAAAAUGUACUCAGUCUGGUUAGAUCUUCAGCUUGUCUCAUCUUCCCUAGCAGACUCAAAACUUCUGUCCCACUUAAAUUGGGCAUCAUUGAGCAGUGUCAUCCCUGGAAACAUACAAUCUUCUCUUGCUGCAUCGAGUUAGCAAAUGCUUCCUCCUGUGCUUCUUCAAAAUGAUUCCACUCAUCCUAUCAGGACACCUUGAAAGACCAUAUUCAAAACCCUACUCCCUCAUGAAUAAGUAGACUUUCUCUAUAGCACUGACCUUUGGAACAUCUUAUCCUGAGAGCUGAUCCUGACCAGAUGGUAUUUUGCAAUGAUAUGAAAACUGUUUGAUGCUGCCAAAUCUUUAAAGCUUAAUUCUGCAAGUUAUUCUUGAAUAUCUUUUAUAGGUUGGAGGUAUGUUAUUUUAUUCUGUUGGGGGAGGAUGGAAAUUGUGAAGUUUUAUUGUUACAUUUUUGCAUAUUGGUGGUAUGGAGAAUGCAAAAAUACUGCUAAUAUAUAAAUCAUAAAAUCAUCAUAUGCUUUGCUAAUGAUUUAUUUCUUAAGAGAGUUCUCCUUAACAAUGAAGUUAAUUUCUGGUUUUAAGAACCUGGCCAAAUCAUGAUCCAUUCUAUUCUUGUAACCUUUCUAACUAAAAAAACUGAAUUUGAUCUCUUGAAUAAUACUUCUAAAGCUUCAGUUUGGAGUCACAAAUACACUUCUCGCAGAUGACUGCAGCCCAUUAUAUCAACUGUUAGAAGAAAACAUAAUUUAGUGAUAACCAGUGUAAUGUGUAUAGUAUGGUCACACCUUAGUAGUGACCAGUGACUUGAUUCUUCUUGAAUUGCUAUAUUGCUGCAGCACAACUCGAUAACCACAACAAAGCAUGCAAAAUUACUUUACUGCCAUCUAGUUGUCAUCCUGAUUGUUGCACCACAAUAUUUUAGCCCUACAUUCUUCUGGAUUUAUUCAUAUAUUAAUGUUGAUUUAGCAAUAUAUUUCAUCAGUAAAUAUCAAAAAUUAAAUUUCAACUCAUUUCAAAUGCAUGGUAAUUGUAGAGAACUUCGGGAGGGUAGCAGCAGAAACCCUUUUUCCAACCUGAAGAAAGAUAAAAACAAUUUCCAGCUUCUCUGAGGAUCACGCAAUUACAAUUCGUAGCAUAUUCCACGGAAUUCUGGGAAUUGUAGUUUCGACAUAUUUAGAUUCCAGGCUUUUAGCACGUUUUUGGUCGUAAUAUGAUUUUGAAAUAAGCUUCUGUUCCUUUUCAACUUUUACCAGCAGCCUACGCAUCUAAUCACAGAAACAACCGUUCUAA